AUGAAAUUCUCCUUAGUCUCUUCUUGUGUCGCUCUGGUUGUCAUGACUCUGGCAGUCGAUGCUGCUCCCAGUGGUAGCAAGAAGCUUUCCAUUCCUUUGGCCAAGAACGACAAUUACAAACCCGAUAUUAAGCGUUCCCUUGCUAAGGUUCGUGCAAAGUACCUGAAGCACAUCAUCAACCCUCUCCAUGGUGCUCCCGGUAAUGCCACUACAGAUGGUGGCAACACUAUUGAUGGUACUGGCUCCGUUCCUGUUACUGAUUAUGAAAAUGACGUUGAAUACUAUGGUAUUGUCAAGGUCGGUACUCCUGCUCAAUCUCUCAAGAUCGACUUUGAUACUGGUUCCUCGGAUUUCUGGUUUGCUUCCACUUUGUGUUCUAGCUGUACCGCUCACACUCGUUACAAUCCUAGCAAGUCCACCACCUAUGCUCCAGAUGGUCGCCCUUGGUCCAUUCGCUACGCUGAUGGUUCCACUGCUGGUGGUGUCUUGGCUAAGGAUACUGUCAAUGUAGGCGGUCUUGUUAUUAAGGGCCAAACUAUCAAUUUGGCCAAGACAUUAUCUAGCAGUUUCGCUAGUGGCCCUGUUGAUGGCCUCAUGGGUCUCGGUUUUGACACCAUUACCACUGUCGCUGGCAUCAAGACUCCUGUUGAUAACUUGAUCAGCCAAGGUCUGAUCUCUUCUCCUGUCUUUGGUGUCUGGCUCGGUAAGGCUAGCAAUGGUGGUGGUGGUGAGUACUUGUUUGGUGGUUCCAACCCCAAACAUUACACUGGUUCCUUGACUACUGUCCCUGUUGAUAACUCUCAAGGCUGGUACAGUAUCACUGUUGAUGGUCUCAGUGCUGGCAACACUCCUGUUUCUGACUCCUUCACUGGUAUUUUGGACACUGGUACCACUCUUUUGCUCCUCCCCAAGACCAUUUCUGACCAGGUUGCUUCUCAAUAUGAUGCUACUGAUAAUGGCGAUGGUACUUAUCUUAUCAACUGUGAUACUACCAACUUUGAGCCUCUUGAAUUCUCCAUCAGUGGUGCUCAAUUUGAGGUUUCCGUCGAAUCCCUCAUCUUCCAACAAAGUGGUUCCUACUGCUAUGCAAGCUUCGGUUAUUCUCCCGGUAUUGACUUUGCCAUUCUGGGUGAUGUCUUCUUGAAGAACAACUAUGUUAUCUUUAACCAAAAGGUUCCUGAAGUCCAAAUCGCCAAAGCCCGUUAA